UUUAUGUAAAAUUUAUAACAAGAUGGGCUUGAAAUUUUCAAGUUGAAAAUUGAAACCAGCUUAAGUUAUCGGUGCAGAUCCACGUGCAGAUCGACCAUAAAUGACUUUACAUGAGCAUUUUUACCCGAAAAUUUCGGGCCGAAAUGCCAGCAAUGGUAAAUAAUGGCGAAUCGCCAUUGGCGAUAAUGCAACAUAAGGAUGUGUUACCCUGCCGACCAGACCUUUUUGAAAAUAAACCCCGACUGGUAGAAUCGGACGACAUAAAAAUAUUGGAGUGACAAACAUUUUUUCUCUCUCUUCCCACAAGAAAUUAUCGUCGCCGCCGUCAAAUUCCCUGGAUUACAAGUUCCGGAAGUUGACCACAUUCUGAACGAGUAAAGUGUGUGCGUGUGCUUGGAGCCCUUCAUUAUGGGAAAAGCCUUGCUUUUUCUCAUGGCUGCGAUUGUCAUUAACAUGGCGUCGGCCGACAAUGUUACCAGCGUCGUCCCUGCGAAUCAACCAAUGUAUGCCGUUCAUGACUACGCCUCGACUGAGCUUCAAAAACGAAGAACAAUUGCAGACGGGUUGGCCUGUGACUCGGAUUUUGGUUUAGAUUUGGAAGAAAUUGUGGCUGAGAUUGAAAAACAUGUGGAUUCAAAUGAGGAAAUGGCCGUCAAGUUGAAAACCAAAUUCCAGGAACGCAUGGAGAUGAACAACGCCCAAAAUCUGUGUUUGAGGGGAUCCUGGUGUGACAUGGGGGUUUGUCGGAAACGUGCGCAGAUUCAAGGUCGAUCCAUGGUCGAGGCUGCACCCAAGGAGAAAGAGGAUCCCAAACCGGCCCCACCACCACUUCCCAAGGCAGCUCUUGUCCCCAAGGCUGCUGAGGCACCCAUGACCACUGCUGUUCCAGCGACCACGAUGGCCUCCAUCGCCACCCGUGAAGCAAUCCUUCUCUGUCGCUGGACCGUUUUGACCCUGAUGGCCGUCUUGAUUCCACGCAAUCUCUGCUAAACUAAAUAGGACCUGCCGCUCGACUCACUCUCCACCUUUACGUCCUGUCAAAAAUCACAAAAAAACACCUUGCUAGCUUUCUCUACAAAAUUCUAAAUUGUUAAUUUUCCGUUGUGGGGUGCGCCAUUUGGAUAAAAUUAUUGAAUAGACCUGAUCUUUGGGAGUAGGAGAAUUUGAUUAUUGUACGUUAUAUAUCGGACAGAAAUAAAGGCAUGUGAAUUUUAGAAAAAAAGACAUUGACACUUUGUGAAAUAUUUACUAUAUAAAAUGCUAAAAGUAACUGGUACUAGAAAUUUGCCAUAUGUAUUAAUUUAUUGUUUUUGCAUGCAUGUGUUUAUUUGAGU